UAUUAAUCCCUUUCAUGAAAAUUAAUAUGUUAAAGUUUGUAAUGUAGGAACCUGAAGAACCUUUAAAAUGCUGCAAUCCAUUUUCCUCUUGUAACCAAAAGUUACAAAAACGCUGCAAUCCAAUUCAUCAACUUCCAUAUUUCUGAAUUUUUUGACAAUUGAUUUUAGCAUUAUCGUUUGUUCCAUUAGCACUUCAUCCUAAAUGUACCCUCUGAGAAAGUUAUUGACUUUGCAGGAAGAAUAGUUGAUUUCAAAAUCUGGGUGUCCAUGAAAAGAGCCUAAAUUUUGAAAUUUUGGCAUUUUAGGAUCCAACAUUAAUUGUAACAUUUGCAAGAUUUAGAUCAUUUUUCAAUAAAAACAUAAGAAAACAUGGGUGUGGAUUACUACCAUACAUUGAAUGUGGAAAGAAAUGCAACAGAGGAUGAUCUAAAGAAAGCAUAUAGAAAGUUGGCCAUGAAAUGGCACCCUGACAAGAACCCCACCAACAAAAAAGAAGCUGAAGCCAAUUUCAAGCAGAUUUCUGAGGCCUAUGAUGUAUUGAGUGAUCCUCAGAAGAGGGCAAUUUAUGAUCAGCAUGGAGAGGAAGGGUUGAAAGAUAGGCCACCACCUGGGCAUGAAAAUACAAAUGGAUUUAAUCCCAGAAAUGCAGAAGACAUUUUUGCAGAAUUCUUUGGAAGUAGUCCUUUUGGAUUUGGAUCAUCAGGACCAGGGAGGUCCAAGAGAUUCCCUUCUGAUGGAGGGGGGGCAUUUAGUGGAUUCAAUGGAAGUGACAACAUUUUUAGAACAUAUAGUGAAAGGGGGAACAUGCCAAAGAAGCCACCACCCGUAGAGACCAAAUUGCCUUGCAGGUUGGAGGAGUUGUAUUCUGGAUCCACAAGGAAAAUGAAGAUCUCAAGGACUGUAAUGGAUGCCAAAGGAAGAUCGAUUCCAGAAACAGAGAUAUUAACCAUUGAAGUGAAGCCAGGUUGGAAGAAAGGGACCAAGAUUACAUUCCCAGACAAAGGGAAUCAGCAAGCAAAUCAACUGCCAGCAGACCUUGUGUUUGUGAUUGAUGAGAAGCCUCAUGAGUUCUUCAAGAGAGAUGGGAAUGACCUCAUUGUGAGCCAAAGGGUGUCACUAGCAGAAGCCAUUGGAGGAACUGUACUAAAUCUCACAACACUUGAUAAACGAAGCUUGCGUGUGCCUGUGAAUGAAAUUGUUAGCCCUGGUUAUGAGCUGGUUGUUGCAAAUGAAGGAAUGCCAAUAACAAAGGAGCGUGGUUAUAAGGGUGAUUUGAGGAUCAUAUUUGAGGUUAAGUUCCCUACAAGAUUGACGCCAGAACAAAGAGCUGGACUAAAGAGAGCAUUGGGAGGCUGAGGGUCAUGUCUUCUUCAUAUCCAUAGCUUUCACUUCUUUUUUGCCGUAACAAAGGUAUCCUCCAUCAGAGGCAAUCAAGUUCGAAUCGGGAACAAUAUUAUUAGUAGCUUUAACUCCUUUGAACAAUGGUUGAAGCCAAAGUGGAUCCUAUACUAAUACCGUCAAUUUCCAGUCCCUUUUCAGUGUCUCUUGUAUUGGCCUUGCCUUGGAAAUUACUAUGUAUUUUCUAUCUUUUUCUUUUCUUUUAUCUUUCUCAGUGGUUUAUAAUUCUUCCAUACAUAUUUGUGGGGUGUAAGAUGAGACCUUCUCAUUGUUGUAUACUUGUAUAUUUUGCUCAAACUUAAAUAGUGAAAUAUAAUAUAGGCUGUAAAUUGCACAUAGCAGUCAGAAGAAAAUGUUUCCUAC